CUCUCUCCACUUUUACGUCUUUGGACAGCUCCUCCCGCGCUUGGCUGGAAGUUAACUUCCUUUACUGUUUUUCCACUUUCCUUCUCUGCUUACCCGAUCCAGCCGCGCUAUGGUGAAAUGGAGCAGCUUUGCCGGGAGAUUGGGGCGCUGCCUGCAAUCGCCACCCGGAGUAUUCCGCCCGGCUCCCCUUUGGAGGGCUACUUCCAGCGCUGCGGAGGCAGCUUCGGUUCCCCGGCAUGAAGAGCGGCUAAAGGGGCCGGAGGAGUUGCCCGGGAUGGGGUCCCUUGAGACCCUCUAUUGGCACUUCGUGAGAGGCUACUUGCUGCACACGCACCAACUUCAGAUCAUUUCCAAGAAACGGUAUGGCCCCAUGUGGAAGUCUAUUAUUGGUCCUUAUCUUAAUAUUAACAUUGGAAGUCCUGAAAUCUUAGAGGAGCUGUUACGUCAGGAAGGAAAAUACCCAAUACGGAGUGACAUGAGCCUAUGGAAGGAGCAUCGAGACAUACGGCACUUAUCAUACGGCCCCUUCACUGAGGAUGGAGAAAAGUGGCACCAUCUACGGCAGGUGUUGAACAAGAGGAUGCUCAAGCCUUCAGAGGCUAUGCUCUAUGCAGAUUCCAUCAAUGAAGUAGUGUCUGAUCUCAUUGUGCACCUUGAAGAUGAGAGAAGUAAAAGUUCCUCUGGAGUAAAAGUUGAAGAUAUGGCCAAUCUAUUGUACCGAUUUGCCUUAGAAGGUAUCUCCUAUAUUCUUUUUGAGACCCGCAUUGGCUGUCUAGAGAAACAGAUGCCCGUUGAAACAAAAAAUUUCAUUGAUGCUAUUGGAUAUAUGUUCAGGAAUUCUGUCUUUGUAACCUUCCUACCCAAAUGGACACGGAACAUGCUUCCUUUCUUUAAUCGCUACCUACAAGGCUGGGAUACUAUCUUUGGCUUUGGGAAAAAACUGAUUGAUCAGAAGACUUUGGAUUUAGAGAAGCGUUUGGAACGGGGUGAGGAAGUUUCAGGAUACUUGACAUACUUGCUUACCAGUGGGCGGCUUAGUAAUGAAGAGAUAUAUGGAAGCAUAACUGAGCUGCUAUUGGCUGGUGUUGACACGACAUCCAAUACUAUGUCUUGGUGUUUGUAUCAUCUGGCUAGAAACCCAGACAUCCAGGAAGCUUUAUACCAGGAAAUAGCCAAUGUGGUACCUGCAGACCAAGUCGCUGAAGCCAAGGACAUCAACAAGAUGCCUCUGCUUAAGGCGAUAAUCAAGGAGACUCUCAGGCUUUAUCCUGUGGUCCCCACCAACGCACGGAUUAUUGCAGAGAAGGAAGUUGUCAUUCAAGGAUACCGGUUCCCAAAGGAUAGCCUGUUUGUACUGGCUCACUAUGGCAUGUCACAUGAUGAGAGCAACUUUCCAGAGCCAGAACGUUUCCUGCCACGCCGUUGGUUGCGAGAUCAGAGAGAAGUGUCUCCUCACCCCUUCAGUUCCAUUCCCUUUGGUUAUGGAAUCCGUGCCUGUGCAGGCCGUCGCAUUGCUGAACUUGAAAUGCACCUGGCUCUUAUCAGGAUAAUGCAGAAGUUCUUGAUCAGACCAGACCCGCAAUGCACUGACGUGAAGCCUCUCUCCCGUAUUGUGCUGGUGCCAGACAAGCCUAUUAACUUGGAUUUCCUUGACCGACAGACAAUGCCUUAAAGUUUUAUUCAGCCCGAGAGUCUGCAGAGAUCUAGAAAAUCUGCUCUGGGAUUGGAUUGUGUCCUGGAUGGUGUACUGACAUAGUGCUUGAGAUGCUCCACUCUUCAGGCAGGAUUCAGUCUAAGGGGUCUCCCUCCUACCUGUACUAGUGGAUUUUCUAUAUCCACCAAAAGCAACAUUUGCAGCCUUGCAACCGUACACCCAUAAGUUUGAUUGCCAGCGUCCCGCUUUCCUGUUCCUGGGCUUCCAAUAAUCAGUGGUCAAGUAUAGAAUCAAGCCAAGAUAAGCCACCUUGGGCUAGCCACUUUCUCUCUCAGCCCUAAGAAGGAGGCAAUGGCAAACCACUCCCGAAAAACCUUACCCAAAAAAACAUGUCCAGGAGGUUUCGGAGAAUCUGAUACAACUGAACAGGAAAAAAAAAACUUGCUUCAACCAAUUAAGAAUCCUCUCUGGAUGGGAGGAGGCCUUCAUGCAUUCAAUUCUACAUGCCCCCUCCUUUCAGAUAAGUGUAUGUAGUAUGUGUGGUUCAUACUAUUGCCACAAGCAAAAUAUCUUCAAAGACAAAGGGAGGGGGAGGAAGAAAACAAAAAACAAGAAAGUCCAGUUGCCUGUUGAAAAAGCACCUUUGUGACUAUUGCCACAUCAUUCUAUUUGAAAAGAAUGUAAUCUUUUUUCCAAAUGUUACUAAUCUAAGUAUCCCAAAAUGGGAGCAGAGACGGGAAUUGUGCCAGGAAACUGCACUUCAAACAGUAGGAGUAUAAUGUUUUCCCUGAAUUUUGUACACUGAGUGCAAAUUUCAGAAGGGAACAUGCCGUUACGUAACUUACAUUGAAUUUAUAUUUUACUGACAAAGAAAAUUGUUGGUAAAAUAUAAAUUCAACACAAAAAAGUUUGGCGCGAAAGCGAUUGCCUGCAAAGGGUCCUGAAUUGAGGCUGAAAGGUGAAUGCAGAAGCAGUCUGUUCCAUCCCAUAUUUGGGUAGACUAGGUUGCCCUGAUAAACUGAUCUCACCAGAAAAAAGUACUUAAGAUACCAUUACACUUUCAGGUUUUCUCCGUGUGUAAGUUCAUGUUCCAUAUAAGAGUGCCAGGGAAGACCUUAUACAAGUGCCAUCUUUGAAUCUUUGUAGGCUACCAGUGAUCCCUGGAGAGGUUGGCAAUCAUUGGUUCAGAGGCUGUGUUUUGUUAUUCUUUGCUUCAUUAAUGCAGUUAGAGUACAGGUACUUAGUACAUUUAUUUUAAUAUAAAAAAUAGCCAGAAAAGCACAUAAGAUGACAUACGAAAUAAACAUACUCACUAAUUAUAAGAA